GUUGUAAUCAAAGUACCUUCCAAACAUGCAUCAUUGCUGCGGUUUUCCUACCGGAUGCCUUCCGUUCACAGGAAACAAUUAAGAAUAUCUCGAAAUUGAUAACGCCUAUCCUAAAUCAAAACCUUUAUUAAUUAACAAUUUUUUCUUUACUCGUCAAAAACGGCUAGUGGUGUGAAGGUGAUUUUUCCAAGAUCUAAUAUUUAAACAACUCAUCCAAGAUGUCUUUGGGAACGGAUAUGUUUUACAUGUACCCCAAGGAGAACGCAAAGCUACACAAAACUGAUCAGUAUGAAUUGGUUGAUGAAGAAGACGUUCCUGUACUUCGUAGAGGACAAAAGUUUACUGUAGCUUUAAGGUUUAGCAGAGAUUAUGAUCCAAAGACCGACAUGAUUAGAAUUUCGUUUAACUUUGGUCCACGCCCUCAUCCGAUUAAGGGUACUGCUGGUAUAUUUGUGGUUGAUCCUGCUAAAAGAUCAAAUAUUGAUACAGAAAAACCUAUGUGGUUUGGAAACGUUUUAGAAGCGAGAGGACAAAGCUUAACAUUGGAGAUCUACUCUCCCCCUGGUAUUCCAGUUGGUCUUUGGGCUGUAAAAGUCGAAACACGAGUGCGAAACAGUUCUGAAGAACCAGUGGUCUACGAUUAUCCAGGAGAUCUCUACUUCAUUUGCAAUCCAUGGAAUUGUCACGACAUGGUGUACAUGCCCGAAACCAGAUUGUUAGAGGAAUACAUAUUGAAUGACACUGGAAAGAUCUGGGUUGGUCCAUUAGGAACCACAAAAGGAAGAGAAUGGAUUUUCGGCCAAUUUGAUAGUUGCACUCUUCCAGCCAUUCAACUUAUGUUUGAAAAAUCUGGUCUUCCUUGGGCCAGUCGUGGUGAUCCAAUAAAGCUGACGAGAAUUAUCUCCAAAAUGGUUAAUAGCAACGACGAUGAUGGUAUUUUGGUAGGACGGUGGGAUGGGCAGUACGAGGAUGGUACUGCUCCUUCUGCUUGGACAGGAUCUGUACCAAUUCUGCAACAGUAUUUAGAUACCGAACAACCGGUGAGCUAUGGUCAAUGUUGGGUUUUCUCAGGAGUUUGCACUACAAUUGCUCGUGCGCUUGGUAUUCCAUCAAGAGUAGUUUCCAACUUAGUUUCUGCCCACGAUGCCAAUUCUACCUUAACGGUGGAUAAAUACUUCAACGAACACAACGAAGAGUUGCCUUUUGAUCCGAAUAACCCAGAAGGAGAGGACUCCAUUUGGAACUACCAUGUUUGGAACGAUGUAUACAUGGCACGUCCAGAUCUUCCUCCAGGUUAUGGUGGUUGGCAAGCUAUUGACGCAACUCCUCAAGAACCAUCAAGUGGUUUUUACCAGUGCGGACCAGCAUCUUUGGAAGCUAUCAAAAAGGGACAAGUCGGUUAUAACUUUGAUGUUGGCUUCAUGGUUGCUUCCGUCAAUGCAGAUCUGAUGCGUUGGAAAGUAGAUCAUUCCAAUGUACUGGGAUACAAGAGGAUUUAUUGUAACAAAUAUCAUGUUGGUCGCUACAUUCUCACUAAACAGCCAUUCAUGUACGAUUACAAUGGAGACAGAGAUCGUCAAGAUAUAACUCGUUUAUAUAAACCGGAGGAAGGAUCAAAAGCAGAACGUUUGUCUCUGCUGAACGCUGUCCGAGGAACUGAAGCUGCCAAGAGGUUCUUUGAUAUGCCUGAUGAAGAAACCGAAGAUUGUGAAUUCACAUUACAAGAUUUGGAUCAAAUUAAAAUCGGAGAAAAUUUCAGCGUUGUGGUGAAAAUCAAAAACAACAGUAAUAGCCAACGUCACAUCAAAGUCCAUCUCUCUGCUGGUACAGUUUACUACAAUGGUCUUAAAGCUCAUCCGAUCAGCAAAGAUGAGGGAGAAUUCAAUCUUAAACCUCAUUCCACUGAAGAAUUAAGGCUUAACGUCACAGCUGAUGAAUAUCUGGAUAAGCUGGUGGAAUACUGCAUCAUGAAGAUAUACGCCAUUGCUUCGGUUUCAGAGACUAACCAAACUUGGGCUGAUGAAGAUGAUUUCCAAGUCGUUAGACCAAAUAUUGACAUUAAGGUACCCCAUACUAUUGUCAACAAGAAACCAACAACAGUAGGUCUGAAAUUCGUCAAUCCGUUGAAGAAAGCUCUGACCAACGGCAAGUUCCACAUUUCUGGAGCAUCGCUUCUUAAAAACCAAGUUAUUGGUGUUCCUGAUGUUAAACCUGGUACCGUGAUCAGAAUCGAAACCAGUAUUGUUCCAAAAUACGAAGGAGAACAGAAAUUGGUGGCCACUUUCACUUCGAGAGAAUUGCUUGACAUCACCGGAACAGCUAAAGUGGAAGUCGUGUCUGAAGAAGAGUAAAAGAUUACAUCCAUGACACAAUAAGUACUUAUUUGGAUUUCCGGUAUAGGGCUUUUCAUCGAUUGUCAUUUGUUUCGAGCUUCUGUCAUGUGUCACAUAAUAUUAAUAUAUCUACGUCAUACGUCUUCGGUUUGUAUCAUUGGUAAUACCAAUAACGUACGACGUAGAUAUAUUAAUAUUAAGUGUCACAUGACAGAAGCUCGAAACAAAUGACUGUGAAUGAAAAGCCCUAUAGAGCGCUAUAGAAUUAUUCUGAAUCGGCAUAGUAAAAAAAUGUUUAAAAAUGAUCUUUGAUAAGUAGUAAAAACUGUUGAAACUCUUUUAAAAUGUAGAUUAUAGGUUGCUACUUUGAAUACAAACGUAUUAUGCAGUAUUAUUUCUAUUACAUGUAUUAUUUUAUAAUAUUUUGUGAAGGUAUUUUUAAAGAUUUACACAGAAUACUUGAGCACUUCUGCAGACCAAUCUGCAGAAUAAUGUAAAAUCCAAAUAAAGCUAGAAUAUGCUGCUAAAUUUUGAUUACAGCAUUAUUAACGUUGACAAAAAUUGAUUUUUAUACCAUAAUAAAUAUAGAAAUUUUUUGGAAACCCUAUAUUAAAUUUUUUUAUACUUUUAUAGCUUAUUAAAUUUAAGAUUGCUUUAAUAAAAACUUUUAUAAAGUAUAUAAUAUAAAAUAUGGCAUU